UUCCUUGCAGGGCGACGGGCCUGUCUGGGAGAGAGCCUGGCCAGGAUGGAGCUCUUCCUCUUCUUCACCUUCCUCCUGCAGAGACUUCGGUCUUGACUCUUGCGCCGUCAUUGACCAUGAGCCUGCCUACCGCCCACCUGUACUUCUGCCCUGCUGACAGCUUUCCUGGCAUGGUGUACCGAUUACAAGACUGCCUUCUCCCUCACUACUGCACUUUGGUUUUCUGGCUGGAUAUUUACGUGUAUGAACAUUGCUUUUGACUACACUCCCUGGAUAUUCCCCAAAUAAAGCCCUGACGGGACUUUACUACUCUACAGUUUCUGAGUCGUGCAUUUUGGGUCCAAACCCCCCACGCACCCGUCUCAGUCUUAAAGCGGAAGUGGUUGGAAAAAGUGCCGCAACAUUUGCCAACUUCACGGAGCUAUUGUAAAUUGCUGAUCAUCAAGGUUUGUGGGAUGGCUGGUGACAAGGGCAGACGGAUUGUCCUCGAGCCGUACAACUAUGUGUUGCAGCUGCCAGGGAAGCAAAUCCAGAUAAAGCUGUCUCAGGCGUUUAACCACUGGCUCGAUGUCCCGGAAGACAAGCUGCAGGUGAUCAUGGAGGUGGUGGAGAUGCUCCACAAUGCCAGCCUCCUGAUCGACGACAUUGAGGACAGCUCCAAGCUCCGGCAUGGCUUACCCACGGCGCACAACAUUUACGGCAUCCCGUCGGUCAUUAACUCGGCAAACUACGUCUACUUCCUCUGCCUGGAGAAGGUGCUGACACUGGAGCACCCAGAGGCUGUGCGUGUCUUCACCCGCCAGCUCCUGGAGCUGCACCAGGGCCAGGGCCUGGACAUCCACUGGAGGGACACCUACACGUGCCCCAGCGAGGCAGAGUACCAGUCCAUGGUCCGCCAGAAGACAGGCGGCCUUUUCGGCCUGGCCGUGGGCCUCAUGCAGCUCUUCUCCGGCUGGACCUGCGACCUCAAGCCCCUUCUGGACACGCUCGGGCUCUUCUUCCAGAUCCUAGAUGACUACGCCAAUCUGCACUCCCGAGAGUACACCGAGAACAAGAGCUUCUGCGAGGACCUGACCGAGGGAAAGUUCUCGUUCCCCAUCAUCCAUGCCAUCCGCUCGAAGCCUGAAAGCACGCAGGUGCAGAACAUCUUGCGGCAACGCACGGCUAACGUGGACGUCAAGCGCUACUGCAUGGACUACCUGGAGAAGGCUGGCUCGUUCAAGUACACCCGGCAGACCCUGCAGGGCCUGGAGGCCGAGGUCCACACUCUGGUGCGGGACUUGGGAGGCAACCCCGAGCUGGAGGCCCUGAUCGAGCUGCUCAGCCGCCUGUACAAAGAGGUGUGCCAUUGUGCCAAAGAAAUGGCGCACACAGCUGGACAAGGCAAAGAAGAAAGAAGAUGCUCAAUCAAAACAAAUUUCUGAGUUGACCAAAGAAAGGGACUCCUUGAUGAAACAAUUGUUGGAAUUGUUUGUUUGGCUGGAUCUACGUGUAUGGACUUUGCUUGUUUUGACUACGCUCC